AAUAGGAUUAAAAAAAGAGAUUUUUCACUCAACAUUAGCCAUUGCUGGUGUGACGUCCAAUAGUGACGUCACGAUCAUAUGCGAUCAAGUUUUUUUGGACCAACUUCAGAUUUACUGUAAAAAUACGAUUUGAGUACAUGUUCUAUUUAGGUGUAAAUGGGAAAGAAAAAGCAGAAUGCUGUGAGUGAAAAUCAAAAUUUCGUCGUAUUGCACCCAGGUUCGGAAGCAAUGAGGAAAUCACUGUAAGGAAAUUACCUUUGUUGAGAAAAUUGGAACUCUCGUUGUGUGGAAACACCAACGAAUGCAAAAGAAACAAGAAUACUGAAUCUUCAAGGUCACAGCGGCUGUAGAAAUACAAUUGAGAAAGAGGUUUGAUUUACAAUCCAUAUCAAUCCUCUAAAACGUUUUCACUCGACAAUCCAAAAGUUCCGUUUAUUUGAAGAACAAUAGCGUAUUUCUAUAUAUUCGCAUGGCAGAGAGUGACAAACUUAACAUUGACAGUGUAAUAAGCCGACUCUUGGAAGUACGUGGAUCUAGACCAGGGAAAAAUGUCCAACUUACAGAAGCUGAAAUACGUGGACUGUGUUUAAAAUCAAGGGAAAUAUUUCUUAGUCAACCGAUUCUGUUAGAACUUGAAGCACCUUUGAAAAUAUGCGGUGAUAUCCACGGACAAUAUUAUGAUUUACUUCGUCUGUUUGAAUACGGUGGCUUUGCUCCCGAAGCGAAUUAUUUAUUUCUUGGUGACUAUGUAGACAGAGGAAAACAAUCACUGGAAACGAUAUGUUUAUUACUGGCGUAUAAAAUAAAAUACCCAGAGAACUUCUUCUUAUUAAGAGGGAAUCACGAAUGUGCAAGCAUCAAUCGAAUUUAUGGAUUUUAUGACGAAUGCAAAAGACGGUAUAACGUGAAACUGUGGAAGACUUUUACAGAUUGCUUCAACUGUUUGCCGAUUUCUGCCAUUAUCGACGAAAAAAUAUUUUGUUGUCACGGAGGUUUAUCUCCUGAUUUACAGUCUAUGGAGCAAAUCAGAAGAAUUAUGAGACCUACAGAUGUCCCUGACCAAGGCUUGCUAUGUGACUUGCUUUGGUCAGAUCCUGACAAGGAAGUCACUGGCUGGGGUGAAAAUGAUCGAGGUGUCUCCUUCACAUUUGGACCAGAUGUUGUCUCGAAAUUCCUACAAAAACAUGACUUGGAUCUCAUAUGUCGAGCACAUCAGGUGGUAGAGGAUGGUUAUGAAUUCUUUGCCAAACGGCAGUUAGUUACAUUGUUCUCAGCACCCAAUUACUGCGGUGAAUUUGAUAAUGCUGGAGCAAUGAUGAGUGUUGAUGAGACAUUAAUGUGUUCUUUCCAGAUUCUCAAGCCAGCUGACAAAAGGAAGUUUCCAUAUGGUGGUUUAAACACAGGAAGGCCUGUGACACCUCCACGAGGACAGAAUAAUAAAGCAAAAGCUGGAAAGAAAUAAUUACUCGUAAACUAUUUUGCUGUACUAUAAUUAAGUUUUUAUCUCUUUAAUGUUUCUGUACAGAGUUUAGCCAAGCUUUCAGAAUUGAUCCAAAAUGAGUGCAAAUGAAAUGUAAAUUAUUAUUAGUUAGCAUUUUGCAUUGUCAUCCCUUAAAAACUUGAAAUUUGGUUGUAGACUCUAUGUCUUGUAAUAUAAAUGUAUAUUAGGGUCUUGCUACAAUAAAUCAGACAAUGUUUGUAUGUUAUAAAAAAGUGUCAUUAAACAUCUAUGAAACAUUGUCACAACCUUG